AUGAAUUUAGAACUAAUUAUAAUGUCAGUUGUUGAGGUUCUGAGGUUGUUGCGAACGAAAAUUUCAAAUCAAACAGUUGGGUUGAAAAGUGAACAAUGUUUUAAUAUUGGGCUUGAUUCGGUUCUUACGAAAGAGAAACUUGCAGUGAUUAGAUGGCUUUUAGCAGAAACGUAUGAGCCUGAAAAUAUGGGGACUGAGAGCUUUCUUAAUGAGGACAGGAAGACGGGAUUGAGUACUAUGAUAAUUGAAAUUGGGCCCCGGUUGUCUUUUACAACCGAAUGGUCUGCUAAUGCUUGUAGGUAA